GGGCCGUGCCGUGGGCCGCCUCUCCAGUUUGAAAGUACCUCUGCUUUCCCGUCUUCUCUCCUUAAAUGGUUGUCGCUUCCCACCUCCCACGGAGGGAUGAGUUAGGCUCGGAGCUGGCGCCGACUCGGGUACCCGUGCAGAGCCCUCGAGAGUGCUGCUCCCUGGGCUGCCUCCCUCGCCCUUCCCAAAUGUGAGCACAUCGCAGCCAGCUCGGAGAAGGGCCUCCUCUUGUCUUCAAGGCACUUGCUUCUGCCUCCUGUUUUUUUGUCCAAAAAAGAAAAAGCCAAACCAAACCAGUCCACAAAGAACUUGUGCUGAUCUAAGGAGGAGGCUGUGGAGUCUCAGUCACCUCUUUGCCUCCCAAGAUCCUGGCUGUGGGCUGGAUUUUCUGUCCUCGACUUCAGGGGAUCAGCUACGGGGAGUCAGGAUCUUGGAUACUUUUGAUUUUUGUUUUUACUUGAACCCUUUCAACCGAGAAGCUGAAGCUGUCACUGCUAAAAUCCCGUUUUUUUUUCCCAAGCAUGUCAGAAAGCUGGCAGCAGCAACAGCAGCAACCACAGCAGCCGCCGCCACCGCAGCAGCACCACACUGGGGCAGCCGCCCUCCCAGAGCACUCCAUCCCGCCCAGCACUGCUGACAACCCCUUGGGCUGUGCUGUCUACGGCAUCCUGCUCCAGCCGGACCCCGGUCUGCAGCACCACCAGCACGCCGCCAUCCAGGCUGGAGAGCCAUCCCACAAAUGUGGUGUGUGCGGCCAUGACCUCGCUCACCUCUCCAACCCUCAUGAGCACCAGUGCUUGCCAGGCCAUGACCGCUCUUUCCAGUGUACCCAGUGCCUGAAGAUCUUCCACCAGGCCACCGACCUCCUCGAACACCAGUGCAUCCAGGUGGAGCAGAAGCCCUUUGUGUGUGGCGUCUGCAAGAUGGGCUUCUCCCUCCUGACCUCGCUGGCGCAGCACCACAAUGUCCACAACGGCAAUGCCAUGAAGUGCUCUAUCUGUGAGAAGACCUAUAAGCCUCCCGAGGCAGAGCAUUCGCAGCCUCUCGACCCCUCAGAGAAGCCCUACAGCUGCUCCAUCUGUCAGAAAACCUUCAAGCACCUCUCGGAGCUGUCCCGGCACGAGCGCAUCCACACGGGUGAGAAGCCGUACAAGUGCACGCUGUGCGACAAGAGCUUCAGCCAGUCGUCCCACCUGGUGCACCACAAACGGACGCACAGCUCGGAGCGGCCCUACAAGUGCACAGUGUGUGAGAAGACCUUCAAGCACCGCUCCCACCUGGUGCGCCACAUGUACGCGCACUCAGGGGAGCACCUCUUCAAGUGCAACGUCUGUGAGCUGCACUUCAAGGAGUCGUCAGAGCUGCUGCAGCACCCUUGCACGCCCAGCGGGGAACGGCCCUUCCGCUGCGGUGAGUGCCAGAAGGCUUUCAAGCGUCCCUCGGACCUGCGGCAGCACGAGCGCACGCACAGCGAGGAGCGGCCCUUCAAGUGCGACCUCUGCCAGAUGAGCUUCAAGCAGCAGUAUGCGCUCAUGCGCCAUCGCCGCACGCACAAGGCCGAGGAGCCCUUCAAGUGCAACCUGUGCGAGAAGGGCUUCGUGCAGCCCUCGCAUUUGGUGUACCACCAGCACGUGCACGGCAUAGAAAACCUCUUCAAGUGUAACGUGUGCCAGAAAGGCUUCAACCAGUCCUCGGAGCUGCUGCGGCACAAGUGCGUGCAGAACGCGGAGCGGCCCUUCAAGUGCGCGGUGUGCAACAAGUCCUACAAGCGGGCCUCGGCUCUGCAGAAGCACCAGCUGGCCCAUUGCGCCGAGAAGCCGCUCAAGUGCACGCUCUGCGAGAGACGUUUCUUCUCCUCCUCCGAGUUUGUGCAGCACCGCUGCGACCCGGCCCGCGAGAAGCCCCUCAAGUGCCCCGACUGUGAAAAGCGGUUCAAGUACGCCUCGGACCUGCAGCGCCACCGGCGCGUGCACACGGGCGAGAAGCCCUACAAGUGCCCCUCCUGCGAGAAGGCCUUCAAGCAGCGCGAGCACCUCAACAAGCACCACAGCGUGCACGCCCGGGAGCAGCAGUACAAGUGCAUGUGGUGCGGGGAACGGUUCCUGGACUUGGGCCUGCUGCAGGAGCACAGCGUCCAGCACACGGCCGAGGGCGCCUACCAGGUGGCUGCCUGCUUGCCGUGAGCCUGCCGCCCCUCGGCGGCUUUCAGCUUGCGUGUGACGCUCCUGAGCCUUGGCCUCCCAUUCCCUCUCCUCGGUUGUAGACGGUCUCCAGGGAGUUUGGGGGAAAUGGGAGGUAUGGUGGGCGGGCAGGUAAACUUUCCUCUGGCCUCUGUGGUUGAUAGGCCACCUGUAUCACAGGGGCGACGGACGACGUGA